AUGUACAGAUUGUCGUGGACCGUGUUCGGUGACAAUUACGUGGAAUGGAUGCGACACUGUUUGAUCAUUAACGCCCCGUGGUUCUUCAGCAAGUUGUGGAACAUCUUCGGCGUGGCGUUGCCGCAGCUGACACGCCUGAAGAUCAAGUUUUUGGACAGCGACUGGAAGGAGCAGCUGCUGGAUUACGUUGACCCGGAUCUGCUGCCGAAGUACUGGGGCGGAAACUUGGUCGACGAGAACGGCGACGAACGGUGUGCCAGUAAAAUACAGUACCCGUUGGCGGAGAAGAUCCCUACGAAUCUGUACUGGAAAUUCCAGCUACCGAACGACUACUUCGCCGAUCAUCAGACGUUGAACGUCGCAGCUGGCGCGACACUCAACCUGGUGUACCAAGUCAAGCAGGCGAACGUCACCAUCAAGUGGAAUACGUACUCGGACGACGACUACGGCUUCGAGCUGUUGUUCUCUGAAGACGUCGAAGACACGUCGACCGACUCGAUGGACAUCUGUUUUCCGUAUUUCGUUUAUCCGGGCAAGAUCGCGCCGGCCGACGAAGUGAUCACCAACGCUGCUAAGGGGGUGUACUACUUCGGCUUCACCAAUAAAGCUUGGUUUUUUUCCGUUGCCAUUCAGUACCGCAUCGAAUUCGAGAAUGGCGACACCGGACAGCCGGCGGAUGUGCUGCAGCUGGCAUGA